UCCAGAGCAUUGUUAGGUAGCUUGCAUGUUCUUAUAACACAACUUGAAAUGACAUUAUUGUCACAGUGAUGAUGACAGUUUGUAUAAUUCCCAUGUUUGGGAGCUAAAUUAACAAAGCUUAUAUUUUUAUCAUUGUUUUCAUUGACAAGUUUAGUCUGAUGCAAAUGGGUUUUAGAGGAGAAGUCGUUUGGGGUUUGAAUUCCAUUAUGUUCUUGAUGUUGUUCUUGUUCUUGAGCUUGCUUAGUUUAAGGUGUUAUUGUGCUGAAGUUCAUGAAAUCACUAACUCCAAACCAUUAGCAGUAGGAGAAACUCUAGUCUCCCCUGGCCGGGUUUCCGAAUUGGGUUUCUUUAGUUUUAGUGAUUCAAGUAAGUAGUAUGUGGGGUUAUGGCACAAGAAUAUAUAUCCCCGAAAAGUUGUGUGGGUGGCCAAUAGAGAAAGGCCUCUUGCAGUUUCAGAUGGCUUGGCUAGUUUGAGAAUUAGUAGAAUUGGGAAUUUGGAGCUUUUAGAUGGGAAGCAGAAUUCUGUGUGGUCAGCCAAUGUUACUGGUCAGGUGCCAUCAUCUAAUACUAGUUCAGUUGUUGCACAUCUGUUAGAUAGUGGAAAUUUUGUUGUGAAAAAUGAUGUAGAAGCCGAUGGAUUAGUAUGGCAGAGCUUUGAUCAUCCUGGUGACACUAUGUUACCGACUCAGCUGCUGGGAUUCGAUAGCAAAUCUGGAAAGAGGAAUGUCAUGACUUCCUGGAAAAGUGAAAAUGAUCCAUCAGUUGGCAGAUUCUUGGUUUGAUUGUCAGCACAGAGGCCAUCACAAGUUUUUGUUUGGGUUAAUAAUGGAUCGAAUUCAGCACCCUAUUGGAGAAGUGGUCCAUGGGAUAAAUCAAGGUUUAUUGGGAUACCUGAAAUGAAUCCUCAAUAUCGAAGUGGGUUUACUCUAGAUGAUAAUGAGGAGCAAGGAACAAAGUACUUAACUUGGGCUACACUAUUUUCCUCAACUUUGGCUUAUGAAGAAAUCUCUUCAGAAGGUACAACUAAGUUUAUGGUUUCAGUUAAAGGCAAUAACUGGAUUCUUGGUUUGGAGGCACCAAAACAUCCAUGUGACAUUUAUGGUGCUUGUGGACCUUUUGGAUUUUGCAAAGCUUCUGAAUCUCCAAUCUGCAAGUGUUUGAAAGGGUUUGUUCCCAAGUCCCACCAGGAAUGGAGCAAAGGAAACUGGACAGGAGGGUGUGAGAGGAAAACCAAAUUGUUUUGUCAGAGACAAACAAAUCAGUCAGUCUCAUCGAGAGGAAAAGAAGAUGAUGGGUUUUUGAAGAUGGUAAGGCUAAAAGUACCAGAUUUGCAUGAAUUCUAUACUUCUUUCGGUCCAGACACAUCUGAAAACUGCAAGAUCCGAUGCCUAAAUAACUGUUCUUGUCUGGCUUAUGCAUUUGUUAAUAGUAUAGGUUGUUUGGUCUGGUCCAAAAAUCUUAUUGAUAUACUAGAGUUUUCUUCUGGUGGAGUAGAUGUUUUUAUUCGCAUAGCACGAGCAGAACUGGGUGAAGGCAGGCCAAUAAGAUUAAUUGUCAGUCUCACAACUAUUUGUUUGAUCAGUAUCUUGGGUGCCAUAGUGUUUGGUUUGUACAGGUUGCGAGCUAACCAAAGAGGAAAAAUCACUGUAGAAAAAGUGGAGUAUGAAAUGGCUGAUAAGAUUCAGACUUCACGAGACACUUUAAGAGAAUAUAUUGGAAAAGAUGAUCCAUCUCAGCUAUUGAUCUAUGAUUUUGAUAGCAUAUUAGUUGCUACAAACAAUUUCAGUCUUGCAAACAAACUCGGGCAAGGAGGUUUUGGCCCAGUUUAUAAGGGUAAGCUACCAGAAGGGAAGGAAAUAGCAGUAAAAAGACUAUCUAGUAGCUCAGGCCAAGGCAAAGAAGAAUUCAAGAAUGAGACUUUGUUGAUCUCCAAUCUUCAACAUAAAAAUCUUGUUAGAAUCAUGGGUUGCUGUGUUAAAGGGGACGAGAAGUUACUGAUUUAUGAGUUCAUGCCCAACAAAAGCUUGGAUACUUUCCUAUUCGCUUACAUCAGUCACAGCAUCGUUGUGCUGAAGUUUAUAACAUAACUACUUCCCAACCAUUACCGCAGGGACAAACUCUAGUCUCCCCCGGCCACAUUUUUGAGUUAGGCUUCUUCAGUCCUAAUAACUCUGCUAACAAGUAUGUGGGGAUAUGGGAUAUAUCUCUGGGGAAAGUUGUAUGGGUGGUCAAUAGAGAAAACCCUCUUGCAGGUGCAGACACCUUGGCUAGAUUGACAAUUAGUAUCAAUGGGAAUCUGGAGCUUGUAGAUGGGAAGCAGAAUGCUGUGUGGUCAACCAAAGUGACUAUUCCAGUGUCAUCAUUCAACACUAGUUCAGCAGCAGUACUAUUGGACAACGGAAACUUCGUUGUCCGAGAUCAUAUGGGAGCUGAUCAUUUCAUAUGGCGGAGCUUUGAUUAUCCUGGUGACACAAUGCUGCCUAACAUGGUGCUGGGAUACAAUAGAAAAUCUGGAAAGAGCAAUAUCUUGACAGCCUGGAAAAAUGAGAAUGAUCCAUCCACUGCGAUAUUCUCGGUUGCAGGUGGAUUGGCAAAGGAGAUGCCAGGACAAGUAAUCAUAUGGAUGAAUCGAUCAACUCCCUACUGGAAAAGUGGGCCAUGGGAUAAAUUAAAGUUCAUCGGCAUACAUGAUAUGGAUAACCAAUAUCUAAAUGGAUUUGAGCUAGAUGAGCAUGUGGAACAUGGAACUAUUUCUUUCACUUAUAGAGUAUUUGAUGGAAACUCUCGCAUAUAUGGACAUCUCCCCAGAAGGAAAGCUCAAGCUCAUGCAUUCAGAUAAUGGUGGGAACUGGCAUGUCUACUGGCAGGCACAACAGAAUCCAUGUGACAUCUAUGGAGCAUGUGGACCUUUUGGGGUUUGCAAUAAUGCUUCUGCAUCUUCAAUCUGCAGGUGUUUGAAAGGGUUUGUACCCAAGUCAGACAAUGAAUGGAGCAAAAGAAACUGGACAGGAGGGUGUGUAAGAGAAACAAAUUUACUUUGCGAGAGUCACACAAGUCAGUCAGUUUCACUAAAAGAAGAAAAAGAUAAGUUUGAGAAGAUGGUAAUGGUGAAAGUACCAGAUAUUCAUGAAUAUAGGCCAUUACAGGCAGAAGGCAAAUCGGAGCACUGCAAGUUAAAAUGUCUACAUAAUUGUUCUUGCCUGGCUUAUGCUUUUGUCAACGAAAUAGGUUGUUUGGUAUGGUCCAAAGACCUUGUUGAUAUACAGGAGUUUCCCUCUGGCGGAGUAGAUCUUUUUAUCCGCCUAGCCCACUCAGGUGAUAUUAGAAACGCAAUUAAAGUUUACUGCCAGCCUUGCAGCUAUUUGUGUUAUAAGUAUCUUGGCUGUCAUACUGUUCGGUUUGCAUAGGCUGCGAGCUAACCAAAUUGGAGGCAUCAAAGCAACAACAAGGCUCCUUGGAUUGACUGGUAAAGUCCAGAGAUCAGGAAACUCUCUUCAAGAGUACAUGAGAAAGCAUGAUCUAUCAGAGCUAUUAAUCUUUAACUUUGACAGCAUAUCGAUUGCUACAAACAAUUUCAUCAUCACAAACAAACUCGGGGAAGGAGGCUUUGGCCUGGUUUAUAGGGGUAAACUAGGAGAAGGGAAGGAAAUUGCAGUAAAACGACAUAAAAGCUUGAGAAUCAUAAAAAUCUUGUUAGAAUCAUGGGUUUCUGUGUUAAGGAGAAUGAGAAAUUACUUAUUUAUGAGUUCAUGCCAAACAAAAGCUUGGACACUCUUCUAUUCGAUCAAAUGAGAAGAGCAGUGCUGGAUUGGGCUAGCCGCUUCAAUAUUAUUCAGAGUGUGGCUAGAGGGCUUCUUUAUCUCCAUCAUGAUUCCUGUUUGAAGGUAAUACAUAGAGAUUUGAAGGUCAGCAACAUUCUCUUGGAUGAGAAAAUGAACCCAAAAAUUUCAGAUUUUGGAUUGGUACGUAUUGUUCAUGGGAGGGAUCUAGAAAAUACACAGAAGGUUGUGGGAACACUGAGCAAGAAGCAAUUUUGUGACUAUUGUGAGUUUAAUUACUAACGAGUUCACUUUGUAGAGGCUAUAUGUCUCCGGAGUAUGCCAUGGGAGGAAUAUUUUCAGAAAAAUCAGGAGUCUACAGCUUUGGGGUCUUGGUAUUGGAAAUCAUUAGCAGCAAGAAGAAUAGCAACUUCUAUUACCAUGAACAACAGCUCGGCUUGCUAGCCUAUGCAUGGCCCUUGUGGACUGAAGGCAAGGGACUGGACUUUGUAGAUGAAGAACUUCUCCACAACCUAAGCAGCCUACAUUUGCUUGGAAAAGUUCUGUCCCACAGCUUCAAAAUAGUUGCUCCACAAGUGACACUACCAUAACAGUGAUUUUCGGACGAUAACCGAUAGCAAAUUUGCUUUACAGAUUCAUAAUGUUAGAGAAUAGUUGCAAUUUUAAUCAUUCCAUGAAUUCUUUAAUUCAAUUCGGAUAUUUGGCUGGAAAAGAGAGGGUUGCACUUAGAGCUGUAAUUUUGCUAUAUGACAUGUUACUCAUAAGCAAUGUCUCAUUGUUUUGACUCUUCACAAUAGGAAAUACAAUUAUGUGAUUAUCUUUCA